GGAUUUCUUCAGGUUGUCGAACAAAGAGCGGAAGGAGCACAAUUUCAGGUUCAUGAUGGAGAGGGUGUUGAACAACAAGAUCCAUGCGGGCAUGUUGGGCAACCACACCAUUUUCCCUCCCAACAUCGCCGACACUGGUAGUUCGAAAGGGGUGCAGUUACCGAGGCGAGGAGCGGGAGGUGGGGAGUCUGUCGGAAGUGAAGCCGGGGGUGAUGGCGGCAUGGACGACCAUUCUUCGGCUAGGGACUCUGAUCAAAACGCAGGUAGCGGGGCCCAAGGCGGAAAGCGGAAGAAUGCACGUCACCAGACUUUCGAGGCAAUCACUAAUGUGAUGGACCGACAUGGCCAACUCAUGGCGUCGACGAUCGAUUCGUCGAGCAAGCGGCAGUGCAGUAUCUUGACUAGGCAAUGCGACAUAUUGGAGCAGGAGGUAGCGGCCGUGUCUCCAAGUGCUGGAGGCGGUUCUCGUGCACACGACAAGAAGCGUGAUGCACCUCAUAACGACGCUGGAGGAGCGGACAGAGGAGGGCGGCAAGUGAAGGAAGCGAAAAAGGAUCGUCGAGACGGCGCGCCAUUCAGCGGUGACCAAACGGACGGGGAUGGGUGGGGAAGAACAAGCGGGACUGAUGAUAAUGACGUCUUCUCGACGGGCGCUCCUGGCGUUCAGCUGCCGCCACUGCCGUCGAAUGUUCGUGCAAUCGCUGGGGGGUCAUCUGCGCAGGCGACGACUCACGACGAGCGCAUCAUUCACGUUGAAGUGAAUGAAGACGCGCGGGUGGACGAAGGCCAAGGCGCUGCGGUGCCCGAACGUAGCGCAAUGCAGCCCGUUACACUGCCGCAGACGCCACGUCAGCAGCGCACAGUUGUGGCCACAGGGGGAGCGACGCCCAGAGAGGUAGUCCCACUGCCAGCAACACCACGUGUGGACGUGGGAGCUGUGGCAGGAGCACCACAGGGGGCGACGGCGGAAGGUCGCAGGGAGGAGGACGUGGCAAGCGCAACGGAGGUUGCACGUACGGAGAAGAAGAGGGCGGGCAAGGAUGACGAACCUCUCGUCAACAGGGUGCACAAAGACAAAUUGGUGAAAGAUCUGGCAGAGCGGGCGAGACUGUGGGUCGACGACAAAUCAUUAUGGACGUCUGGGGAGGGGCACAAACUCUACAAUAUCAUCAACGAGACACGUGAGCACCUCGUCGCCGUCGCAAGCGGGCUUCCACUCGCGAACGUCCCGAGAAGUGUCGCCAUGCCCAGAUCCAACAUCGUGUAGAUCAGGAUCACGGAUGCAAGGCAGUUGCAAGGAGCAAUGAGCCGCACAUCGAAAGUCCAGAGU